AGUCUUCUCCAAAGGCUGCGGCUCCUACAAGGCCCGCAGGCUCGGCGUUAUUCCUAGACGUCAUCACCGCGAGUCCUCCCGCCCCUCGUGUUCAAGCUGCGCGGGCGCGGGCUGUCAGCCCCAAAGCCUGGAGCGGUGGCGCUCCCUGCCGCCGCACCCUCGCAUCAUGUUCCCGGCUGUCCCUUCCCCUCGGACCCCUGGUCCCGGGUCCCGAAGGGGCCCGCUCGGCGGGAUCGGGCCGAGCUCCACACCCCGGGCUGCAGGCAGGAAGGGGCUGUCCCUGGGGUCUGCAGUCAGCUCCCCCGUGCUCUUCUCGCCGGUCGGCAGGCGGAGCUCGCUGAGCUCGCGAGGAACGCCUACACGAAUGUUUCUACACCACUCCAUAACGGAGUCUAUGAAUUAUGAUGUGAAAACGUUUGGAUCUUCUCUCCCUGUUAAAAUUAUGGAAGCCCUAACAUUGGCUGAAGUUGAUGAUCAGCUGACUGUUCACAUAGAUGAAAGCGGAUGGGCUUGUCUGGUCUGCAAAGAGAAACUCAUUAUUUGGAAGAUUGGUCCCUCACCCAUUACUAAGUUAUCUCUGUGUAAAGAACUUCAGCUGCCACCUAGUGAUCUCCACUGGAGUGCAGACUUGGUGGCUCUGUCUUACUGUGCUAUCUCGGGUGAAGCACAUUCGAUUCAGGCCGUUGCUGUAAUGGUUGCCACCAGAGAAGGAUCUAUCCGCUAUUGGCCAAACCUUGCUCAUGAAGACACUUACACAGAGACUUUUGUAGAUUUGGGAGGUGACAAGACUUGCAGUUUUCUAACAGCAGUUCAGGGAGGAAGCUUUAUUUUGUCUUCAUCAGGAAGCCAACUAAUCCGGUUGAUACCUGAAAGUUUAGGAAAGAUUCAUCAGCAUAUCCUCCCUCAAGGGCAAGGCAUGCUUUCAGGAAUUGGUCGGAAGGUUUCUUCUCUUUUGGGAAUUUUGUCUGCUAGUAGUGAUCUUACACUUUCAAGUGUCCUUUGGGAUAGAGAGACAUCAAGCUUUUAUAGCCUUACAAGUUCAAACAUCAGUAAAUGGGAAUUAGAUGAUUCUUCAGAAAAACAUGCACAUAGUUGGGAUUUAAAUAGAGCCCUGAAAGAAAACAUUGCUGAUGCUAUUUGGGGAUCUGAAAGUAACUACGAAGCUAUUAAAGAAGGUGUCAACAUUCGGUAUUUGGAUCUGAAGCAAAACUGUGAUGGGCUCCUGAUUUUGGCAGCAGCAUGGCAUCCAGCAGACACACCAUGUCUUGUAUAUUACUCUCUGAUAACAGUGGAAGAUGAUGGCUACCAGAUGUCAGGUGCAGUUACGGUAGAGGUCACUCAGUAUAAUCCACCUUUCCAGUCUGAAGACCAGAUUAAGUGUCGAUUGGUAGUCCCAAACUUUUCAAAUCAGACUGCCUAUCUGUGUACUGAGAGUGCAGUCUGUGUGUGCUCCACAGGAAAUGGGAGGCUUUCUCUUCCUCGGGAGAAAAUUGGCUUUGCUACACAAGGAGAUAGUAUUUUAGGAGCUGGUUCCUAUGGUGGUGUUCCUAUCAUUUUUUCUAGAAACAGUGGAUUGAUGUCUAUUAUGUCAAGGGAAAAUGUGUCUGUAUUAGCAGAAGAUCUUGAAGAUUCCCUGACAUCUUCAAUUGCUGGCCCAAGCAACGAGAGUAUGGUUUUUGAGACUACUACAAAGAAUGAAACCAUAGCUCAGGAAGAUAAAACCAAGUUGCUAAAAGCUGCUUUUCUGCAAUACUGCAGAAAAGAUUUAGGUCAUGCUCAAAUGAUGGUUGAUGAGCUGUUUUCCUCACACCCUGAUUUGGAUUCCGAUUCUGAACUAGAUAGAGCUGUUACCCAAAUCAGCGUGGACUUGGUGGAUGACUAUCCAGCGUCUGAUCCACGGUGGGCUGAAUCUGUCCCUGAGGAAGCACCUGGCUUCAGCAAUACAUCACUAAUUAUUCUUCACCAGCUAGAAGAUAAAAUGAAAGCCCAUUCUUUCCUUAUGGACUUCAUUCACCAAGUUGGCUUAUUUGGACGUCUCAGCACUUUUGUAGUAAGAAGAAUGCCAAUGGCAACUCGACUCUUGCUCUGUGAGCAUGCAGAAAAGUUGUCAGCUGCUAUUGUUCUCAAGAACCACCACUCCAGACUUUCUGACCUUGUGAACACAGCUAUAUUAAUUGCUUUAAACAAAAGGGAGUGUGAAAUUCCAUCAAACCUAACUCCUGCAGAUGUCUUUUUUAGAGAGGUGUCCCAAGUAGAUACCAUCUUCGAAUGUUUACUGGAGCACGAGGAACAAGUCUUGAAGGAUACAUCAUUGGAAUCUGUUGAAUGGGCUGAGAUGGUGAUCAAUGUGAAUAAUAUCCUGAAGGAUAUGUUGCAGGCUGCUAGUCAUUAUCGUCAAAAUAGAAGCUCCUUGUAUAGAAGAGAAGAAUCCCUAGGAAAAGAACCUGAAUAUGUUCCGUGGACAGCAACGAGUGGUCCCUCUGGCAUUCGAACAGCAAUAGUACGCCAGCAUGGGAUUGUCCUGAAGAUGAUUUAUCCUCAAGCGGACAGCACCCUCCGAAACAUUCUGACAGAACAGCUGGUAGCACUUGUUGAUUGCUUCUUGGAUGGUUAUGUUUCUCAGCUUAAGUCUCUGGACAAAUCCAGUGAUCAAGAAAGAUACAACAAUCUGGAAAUGGAAUACCUGCAGAAAAGAACAGAUCUCUUAUCUCCUCUUCUUACAUUAGGCCAGCACCAGUGGGCUGCUUCUUUAGCAGAGAAAUACUGUGACUUUGAUAUCUUGGUGCAGAUGUGUGAGCAAACUGACAACCAGACUAGACUACAGAGAUACAUGACCCAGUUUGCUGAUCAGAAUUUUUCAGACUUUCUCUUCCGUUGGUAUCUGGAGAAAGGAAAGCGAGGCAAACUGUUAUCUCAGCCCAUUUCACAGCAUGGACAGCUGGCGAGCUUUUUGCAAGCCCAUGAACAUCUCAGCUGGUUACAUGAAAUUAAUAGCGAAGAAUUAGAAAAGGCUCAUGCAACACUUCUAGGUUUGGCAAAUAUGGAAACUCGUUACUUUGCAAAGAAGAAAACGCUUCUUGGCUUGAGUAAAUUAGCUGCAUUAGCUUCAGACUUUUCAGAAGAUAUACUUCAAGAAAAAAUUGAAGAAAUGGCUGAACAGGAGCGCUUUCUACUACACCAGGAGACCCUACCUGAACAACUACUAACAGAGAAACAGCUGAAUCUCAGUGCAAUGCCAGUAUUGACUGCACCACAACUCAUCAGCCUAUAUAUCUGUGAAGAAAACAGAAGAGCUAAUGAGUAUGAUUUCAAGAAAGCUUUGGACUUGCUGGAAUAUAUUAAUGAGGAGGAAGAUGUAAAUAUAAAUGAUCUAAAACUGGAAAUCCUUUGCAAAGCUCUACAGAGAGAUAACUGGUCCAGUUCAGAUGGUAAAGAUGAUCCAAUUGAACUAUCUAAAGACAGUAUAUUUGUGAAAAUCUUACAAAAACUUUUAAAAGAUGGUAUUCAGCUCAGUGAAUAUUUACCAGAGGUGAAAGACCUGCUACAAGCAGAUCACCUUGGAAACUUGAAGGCCAAUCCCUACUUUGAAUUUGUUUUGAAAGCAAAUUAUGAAUAUUAUGUCCAGGGACAAAUGUAACUUUUUCUAAAAAUGGUCAUUGUUUCUGAAAAUUUGUGUAAGUGUGUAGUAGUUAUAAAAAAUUUAGGUCUUAAGCAUCUAGGAGUUUAUACUUUUAUAAUAACUUACAUGGUUGAGUUUUUUUACUUUAUAAAAUAAUUAUGUGGCUAUAAUUUUGGUUUUCAGUUCAAAUAUUAUUUUUUCCCUCCUAUUUCCAUCUGAAAAUUAUCAGUUGUUGUAUCUGUGCUUGCUACCUUUCCUUUCCAUCUUGCUUCAUCGGGAGUCCUGGAGUCCUUGACCUGGCUGUACCACAGGCUGCUCGUAUGGUGCUGCACGGACCAUGUCUCGGCAUCCGUUUCUGUAACUCUAGAAACUGUAAGAUUGCACUAGAGUGUCUCUGAAAUCUCUGUGCAUAUUGUGCUCUUGAGAGCAUUGAGAUGUGUAAUGUAUGUUUUGGUUAGGGGUGGGAAAUAAGAUAAAUGUCAAAGUUUGCUGACUUAUGGGACUAAAAGACAAAACAGCGGGCCUAAUUUCAUGUGAGCUUGAUAACUGGUUAAUACAUUGGGAAAUUUUUAACUUUUCUACAUAAAUAGUAAGUGACUAUUAAUAAAAAGUAUUUUAGUGAAUAAAACAUGUUUAAUUGCCUUCCUAACCUAUUAAUUACCAUUGAUAAAAAGCUUAUAGUGUUUUCAUGUUAGUUAUAAUCUUUCAUUCUGGGCAUUCAGUCAGCCUUGUUUAUCUUCAGAAUGAUUCACACCGAAUUCCACUUUUACUACAGUCUGCUUAGCCAGUCAAAAGCAUAUGUAAUUCUAGAAACCAUUAUGGGUUUUCCUAAUAUGGCAGCUGAUUUAACUGAAAACUAGUGGUUCUCUCAAAGCUUUUUGCCCUGACAAGUGUCAUGAGACACAUUUCAUCAGGCUUUAAAUAAAAACUAGAAUGGACUGGAAAUUGCUGGCAUAUCCAUACUUUGGCCCAGCUGGAUGCUCACUAAACAACUUGAUCCAACAGCUGAAAAGGUCAUAAGUUAACUAUGGUGAAGAGAGUCUAGCUCCUGGUUUUAAAAAGUGCAGCCAUCAUGCCUGCUCCCCUCAGGUUUACAGCCCAACCCUUGAACAUGUUAGGAAGAACGGAUUAGUGGAGCUAUUUAUGUUAAUAAUUAAAGGGAAGAAAUUGGCAGCCUGUCCUUUUUCUUUUUCCAGCUUGUGUUAGGACAUCAUCAGGGCCCGGGUUAGGAAUUAUUAAAGAGCACAAAGAAAAGUUUGGAAAAGUAGCUUGCCAGAUGGCUAUUAAUAAAACAUUGAACACAUGUUAUAAGACUAGGCUUUGGUUUUACAUAGAAAUCAGCUAUCAGUGCUCAGUUCUUGCCUUUAUGCUCCUGUCGGGUGAUAACGUGCACUGGGAACAUGUACCACCAUAAACCUCAUUAUUCCUAGUGCGACAGGAGAGGACUAAAGGAAAGCCAGUCUGAUGAUAACCUGACUUCACCAACUGGAUGUAAAACUGCUCCUCCCACAGUAUGACGUAUGAGGAGAGAAAGGCUUGCUGUUGUAGCUCUGUCUCUCAGUCAGUAGUUAUAGCACCAAAAUUGUUGGGUUUUUAGAAAAAAAAUUAGCAGUAAAAGUGAAAUUAAGUUCUAGGAUUUUGAAUUUUUUUUAUCCUAAAUUUAUAAAAUUGAUUCCACAGCACAGUCUUAUGAAAGAAUUAUUGGUGGUUGUCAUGGAAGUUGAGUAACUGAUAGUAAUUAUAAAGGUGCUCUGUGACCAUGUUCCACUGAGGACAGGUCUCUGAGGAAAGAGAAGCUCUGCUGACUUGGAAAAGGUUAUUCCUAUCUUUCAGUGCUGCCCUGAAAGUUAUAGCUUGGGGCCUCAACUAAACAAAUUAGUGAGAGUGUGCUUCUGAUAGAGAGUAGAGGAAGACGUACAGCCAGCACUGGAUAUUGCUGUGUUUUGAGAAUUCGUGAAUGUGUCAAGGAUUAAGGCAGGCCUUGAGAGACUUGCUGAAACCCUUAGUGAAGUAAAAGGCUACUGAUACCCUGUUUUAGAGAUAGAGUUGUACAAUUUUCUUUUGAGAUAAAUCGUUUUCUCCAGUAACUUGAACAAAAGGAAAGCCACACCGUGAUGGGUGUUAGACGUACUCUGUUGGAAUUGGACCCACUUGUCCAUGUUGAAGCUGAUAACUAUAAAAAUACUGGCGUAGCCCCAUUUACUUAUUCUUGGACAUUUUAUCCUGAGAGUAUCUGAAGAGAAAAUAACUGUGUAUUCAUGUGUAAAAAGUCCGCUCAUUAAACACAAAAGUAUAUUUUAAAAAUAUGUAAUUCUAAAAUUUUAAAAAUACUGUAGAAAAUAUGAAACCUAUUUUUAAAAAAAGCAUAUGGAAGAAAAUAAACCUCUGUAAUCCCACCAGCCGGAAGUAACUUCAGUUAAUAUUCUAGAAUAUGUUUUAGAACAUUUUGGACUGCACAUACUAUUUUAGUUUGUAACCUGUUUUUUCAUGUAGAAUACUAUGAGCAUUUCUCUGUAUCCUUAAACUAGUGUUUCUCAACCUUGUUUUCAUUAUCACCCCCUAAGGAGCCUUUUUAGACAAUUUUUUUCCCUAAUCACUCCACCCUAAUAAAAUUUUAAUACCACAGAUAUUAUUAUAUAUCUUUUUAUGUACUGUGUCCUUUGAAGGGCGUUGUAAUCGAAGAUUUUUUUCCACCCCCUAAGAACCAAUUUUUGCCACCUUGGGGGCGCUAUUGCGCCUUUUGAGAAUGCCUGUCUUACACAUUCUUAAAGAUAUGAUUUGUAAAUGACUGCACGACACUUUACCAUAUGGCUGUACCAUAACUUAGGUUUACAAGUUUGAGUGUUUUGGUUUGGUUUUUUGCCAUUUUUUAUACUGCUAGUGUAAACAAAUCUUUGUGCACUUCAGAUACAUUUAAAAUCAUACUGACUCUCCCUAUUCAGUUUUGUGAUGAUGUCAGUGUACAUAGAGCAGUUCUAAUAACUUGUAAUGUUCUUUCCUCACCUCUUCUAACACCACCCCUCAUAUCUCCUCCAGGCACUUAGUCAUUUAUUGAGUGUUUGUUAUGUCCCAGGCACUUACUUCAUUUUAAUCCUCAAAUAAGUCUUACGGAGUAGGUGGUAUCCGCAGUUGAGAAUGCAGUCUUUCCGGAGGUGACUUGCCCAAGGUUACAUAGUCAAAGGGGAGGUAAGCCCAGGUUGGCUUGACUCCAUAGUGCAAGCUUGUAACCAAUACACUCUGUACUAUGUAUAGGUGAUUGGCGAGGGGGCAGGGGAUGCUGCACCGUUUGAAUCAUUUGGCUUUUAGAGAUGGCCAGGGCAGAGCAAGGCCCAAAGGGAUUAAGACCACUAGCUUCAGGAGGAGGAAGAAAGUAGAAAAUCUAAGCCGCCUUUCUGACAGCCAGAGUUAACCUGACAUUUUAGAUGUGUGGAGAAUAAGUUUGUUUUUUUCCUUUAUCCAUCUGGUAAUUGGAAUUUUUGUGACUUUUAGUUUAGCCAGCCAGCCCUCCUCACUUUCUUUUUGAGACGAUCCAUGAUAGUUGCUGGGGAAACCAUGACUUGUCAUUUUCGGAUGCCUUUGGCUCUUCAUUGGAAAAGAUCCCUUGAGGAUCUGUUAUGUUUCCAGAAGUGUACCAAGUGU